CCGGAUCUCAUUCUUCAGCCAAAGCAACCGAGAACUGUGACUCUGAUCCCCACCAGCUCCAAAAUUGCGCCUCUGGACACACACAAAUGCACCGCAGAUAGCUUCUUCUAGACAACUCACAUCCACCCUUUUGCAGCGUGGCUUGCCUGUUCCUCCCGUCUCGACCCACCUGUCUCGGCCUGCGUGUGUUCUCGCCCAAUUUCUGUGCGGCCCUAGGUUCCUCCUCAGGCGAACCCAUCAUGCUCCUCCUCUCUUCUGUGUGAUGUCGCUCGACUACUUCUCCUAUAUCCCUCACACGCCGUCUCCUUCAUCUUCACCUAGCCCAAGGCUAUAUAUCUCCCAGAAUUAUACAAUGCUCUUCCGAUAACACUCUCUCCCUAAAUUCAUUGUAUUUUUCCCCUCCACUUCCUCUUUCCCCUCCCUUCCGUUCUUCUGGUUCAGGCACAUGCAAAGCAAUGGACGCUGUGAAACCGCAGAUUCCGGGUGCCAUUGAAAACCAAAUGGCGGUGGAGCUGGCUGAUUUUCCUUCGACGACUAAUCAUGGCGUGGAAGCCUUGAAAGAUAUCGUAUAUGGAUCUACCGCAGGAAUCGCUGGAAAAUUCGUCGAAUACCCUUUCGAUACCGUCAAAGUCCGUCUUCAAUCCCAGCCCGCCGGCCUCCCACUACUAUACAAGGGCCCCAUCGACUGUUUUCGCCAAUCCUUCCAGGCCGCUGGAAUCAAUGGCUUGUAUAGGGGUAUCAGCGCACCCCUCGUCGGCGCAGCGGUUGAGACAAGCAGCCUCUUCUUCAGCUACCGUGUAACACAAGACUUUCUUAAAUCGACACUAUAUGCCUCGGAGUCCUGCGAUGGCGAAUCUGUAGCUGCAGUGGAACUGCCGCAGUCCGCAUUACUCAUCUGCGGUGCGGCGUCGGGGGCUUUCACAUCGCUCCUCCUCACGCCUGUGGAACUCAUCAAGUGCAAGAUGCAAGUUCCUGCUGGGAGCAGCGGGGCCAUUUCGAGCUCGGGCUCACUCGUGUCCAAUCAAAAAGCCCCUGGCCCCAUCGCUCUAAUCGCAGCGGUGUUCCGGCACGAGGGGCUUCUCGGCUUCUGGCGCGGGCAGAUGGGCACCCUCAUUCGUGAAACGGGCGGUUCGGCGGCGUGGUUUGGUAGCUAUGAGGGUGUGCUGGCUUUUUUCAAGAAAUAUAACGCUUCGAAGGCUGCUACUGCUGCAACCACUGCUGGUACAGGUACUAGCGUUGAUGGUGUUGAUAGCGCACCACUGGUCUACCAACGUCUCCUCGCAGGCGCCGCGGCGGGGAUUAGCUAUAACUUCAUCUUCUACCCAGCAGAUACCGUCAAGUCGCGUAUGCAGACGGAAAGCAUCACGCAUGCCGUCGGAGGGGAUGCAGCCCGGUGCAGCCGUCCCACCUUUUGGGCUGUCGGUAAGGCUCUCUGGAAACAGCAGGGUCUUGCCGGGUUGUAUCGCGGCUGCGGGAUUACGUGCGCACGCUCAGCGCCUAGUUCGGCGUUUAUAUUUACGAUUUAUGAGGCGUUGAGGCGGUAUCUUUGAGUUACAUGCUGGUGCCGCUGCUAGCUCCCCCACUGAGGUACCGAGUUUCUAUUGUUGAUGAUUAUGACGUUGCUUUUAUCUUAUGCUUAUGAGCAUAAUCUUAUUUUUACUCUUAUUUUUGUUUACCCUAUGCCGGUCAUUCGUUUUUACACGCAGCUUUUAUUACCCCUUCCCACGAACGCUUACUUCAUAUCCCCUUUAUACGCAUAUCCUGGCAUGACCGUCUUAUCCCUACAGCACAUACCAAACUAUAUAUCAUACCAUACAUCCAUGACACGGGCGACUUUUUUGGGGGGAUAGGGAUUUUUCUUUUGUUUUCCUCCUCUCUCCCGGGGCAUAUCGAUCGACUGGGACGCAUUGGCGUUACAUGUUUCAUGUGUGUUUCUCUUUAUAUAUUCGAUUUAUAGACUUAAUCGCGGAUAAAGGAAUUUUGGGUGCGGUUUCUUUUUUUUUCUUUCUUUUAUUUGUCAGCUUCCGGCUAUUCCCAGUUCGGUCCCAUUUUUAGAGACCUGUUUCAUUUUUCAUUUUUUUCCCCUUUCUUCUUGGAGAGAGUGAGAGAAUGUAAGGAUCAAAAUAGAAAUUUCAUAAAGGAUGUUUUAUGAUUUGUUGAUGGAGCAAUUGUUUCAUGAGCACGCCAUGUUGUGCAACAAAACAUGGGCCAGACCACUGCACCGAAUGGGAUCAAUCCUAGAGGUACGGAUUAGGUUCACCGUCGGAAGAUAUUCUAUCAAGAUAACUAACUGCCUUACGGAGGAGUUGUAGCAAGUUUAUUCCGUCUGAUGCACGGCUUGUUCUCCGCUCCAAAAUGACACGUGACCUGUCCGUUUUCGGAAUUUUUGUGAUUAACUAACUACUUUUGGAAUAAUGAGCCACUAACCAGCCACUAAUAUUAUCAACCAAUAGGAAGCCUCAGGUCUUCAAAACACUCAAAAUCUCAAUAUCAUUUUCUUCAAUCUCAUACAUCUGUAUUAAAUACUUCUUCAAUCAUUAUAAAACUAAUAUAUUUAGAUUCUUU